AUAAGGUCUAGGCCACCCCUGAGAGGGGCUGAGGGCAAGAAAAGUGGCCACAGAGGAGGACCCAGGGCACAGUCCAUCCUUGACUCCUGCUCCUGCCCCUCAAGGCUAGUUCCUGGUCACACCCUUCGUAGAUGCCGCCAGGGAGCUGGGACGUGCUGGAGCCAAAGCCCUGACCUGGCCUCAGGAAUGAGGGUGGAGGUAGAGUGCGGGCAUAUGGGUUUAGCAGCCUCCGGGUGCCAGAUAAGAGCAAAUGCAGGUAAGGUGACCCCAGAGCUGGGUUCGCUGAACUCCAGGACCCUGAGAGUUGGAGAGGGGCGGGUGGCUAUAAGAGGGCCACUCUGCACAGGGCUGGACACAGUUGAAUCCCAACCCAGACUGAAGACCAGACCAGACCAGACCCCUGCAGCACAGACGGCCUUUCCUCUGUGGCAGCCACAGCGGCUCAGACAGGACACAUGGCAGGUCCCCUGCUCCAGCCCCUGCUGCUCCUACUGCUGUCCUUCGCCCUGGGAUCUGCUGGACAAGAAGGUCUCCAUCCAGCCCAGGAUACCGGGGAGAGGAUCAUUAAUGGAGUUUCAUGUCCACGAGGCUCCCAUCCCUGGCAGGUGGCCCUGUAUGACAACGAUGAGUUCCAUUGUGCAGGCGUGCUGCUCAACCAGCAGUGGGUGCUCACCGUCGCCCAUUGCCGCCUGAGUGAGUAUAUUGUGCAAAUGGGUAGUGAUCUUCUGGUUGAUGGAAAUGUCCAGCGGAUCUGGGCCACACAGUACUUCGUCCACCCCCGGUACAACAACAGCAAUUAUAACCAUGACAUCAUGCUGGUGAAGCUGAGCAGCCCGGCCACGCUCUCGCCCACUGUGAGCACCAUCGACCUGCCGUCCAGCUGCAAGGACCCUGGGACAAGCUGUACUGUGUCUGGCUGGGGCGUCACCACCGGGCAUGCAGCAGCAACAAAUCCAUCAGAGCUCAUGUGCUCGAAUGUCAACAUCAUCUCCUACCAGGAAUGCCAGCAGUCUUACCAGAACCUGUUGAAAAAAUACAUGCUCUGUGCAGUUCCCCCCGACGGGCUCUCAAACAGCUGCACAGGUGACUCCGGGAAUCCGCUGGUUUGCGAAGGUUCCCUGCAAGGCCUGGUGUCCUCCGGCUAUUUCCCUUGUAUCCUGCCCUUUGCGCCAGUGACAUACACCCGCCUAUGCAUGUACCGCAAAUGGGUGUAUAAAACCAUGAAAGCCAAUUCCUAAUCUCUCCAUGCUUUCAUCCUCCAUCCCUAUGCCCUGAACAGGGCCUUCCCAGAAAUAAAGACAUCCCUGAC